GUGACAGUACUCCACAAAAAUUACCUUUACUUUUUAAAUCUUUUUAGCACAAUGCAGCUCAAUAGUAGAUGGACCGCAGCCAUGUUCAUUCUAACGUUAGCUGGGGUCAGGGUCGUCUCUCAGUCAGGCGGAGGCAAUAACAAGAAUCAAAUCUUUGACCGAUAUUCCGGAAGUGACGAAGUUCUUCAGCCAACAGAGUUCUCAAGAUUCUGGCUACAUUUUGAUGACGACGGUGACGGGGAGGUAAGCAAGUCGGAGUUUGACGACAGCUGGAGGAAGGAGGGGCUUCCCGACCCUCAGAACGCCCCUUGGUACUUCCUGCUGCUGGAUAGGGUGCCUGAUGGCGUGCUCAAUUUUCUAGAUUUCCCUCACAUCUUUCGUCUCUUUGAUGAGGACGGUGACGGCUCCAUCUCCGAGUCAGAGUUUAAAGAGAACUGGGAUGUUUACUUUGAACGCAGAAAUCACCAUUGAGGGUUCACUAAUAUUUUAACGGAUACAAUUCUUUCUAAAAAAUACUUAUAAUGACAUAAAGUAUACUGUUUUAUGCAUUUAAAACGCGAGUUACUUUAGCAUAAGACAACGUCUUGAAAUUUUAUUAAUGUAUUAUUUUAUUAAUUUAAAUUAAAAAAAGGUUUAUUUCA